UGUACUUCCCACACGCCAGGUAUAUUAGGACCCAGCUUUCUGGUCUUUUCCCCACUCGCACCAUACAGCUUCAAGACGCCGGUACUGUUCCAGUCUCCAACAAACCAACCAUGACUCCUUUCCUUCUGCUCUUGGUUGCCUUGGCAACGGCUUCUCCGGUGAAAAGGCAGACCGGCGGUGUUCUGGACGCUGAUGGGGACGGACAUCUGACCAUUAUUGAGAUAGAAAACGCCAUGGACCUGGGUGAGGUUCUGGUGGCCCUGGACACUGACAAUGACCAGCAUUUCACCGUAGACGAGGCUCUGCAGUUCAUUGACCAUCACUACUUCAACCGUCUCGACACCAACCACGACCAUCGGCUGAGCUUCGCAGAACUUCAGAACGGACUCACUCUGGCCGACCUGUUUGCCUUCUAUGACAGGAACGGUGACGGGUUCCUGUAUGGUGACGAGGACGACCGCAUCUACGCCCUGUACAACGCGGCGUACGGGUCCUCUCUCUUUCAGACCGGCGGUGUUCUGGACGCUGACGGGGACGGACAUCUGACCAUCAUUGAGAUAGAAAACGCCAUGGACCUGGUUGAGGUCCUGGUGGCCUUGGACACAGACAAUGACCAGCAUUUCACCGUUGACCAGGCUCUGCAGUUCAUCGACCAUCACUACUUCAACCGUCUCGACACCAACCAUGACCAUCGGCUGAGCUUCGCAGAACUUCAGACCGGACUCACGCUGGCCGACCUGUUUGCCUUCUAUGACAGGAACGGUGACGGGUUCCUGUAUGGUGACGAGGACGACCGCAUCUACGCCAUGUACAACGCGGCGUACGGGCCCUCUGUCUUUCAGGCCGGGCCCUCGGUCUUUCAGACCGGCGGUGUUCUGGACGCUGACGGGGACGGACAUCUGACCAUUAUUGAGAUAGAAAACGCCAUGGACCUGGGUGAGGUCCUGGUGGCCCUGGACACGGACAAUGACCAGAUGUUCACCGUUGACGAGGCUCUGCAGUUCAUUGACCAUCACUACUUCAACCGUCUCGACACCAACCACGACCAUCGGCUGAGCUUCGCAGAACUUCAGAACGGACUCACUCUGGCCGACCUGUUUGCCUUCUAUGACAGGAACGGUGACGGGUUCCUGUAUGGAGACGAGGACGACCGCAUCUACGCCCUGUACAACGCGGCGUACGGGUCCUCCUGAGCAGUGGAAGGCGGCUGAUGUAUCAUCAGUGACAAAACAGCACUAAAUCACAACCUGCAUACAUUCCCACACACCUUGUCUCUCGUUGAUGGGGACAAGGGAUACCCCCACUAGCCCUUUGUAGUAGCCACAGGCUUCUUUGACAGCCCUGGCUGUAUGUGCUGAACAGCCAAACCAACAAAUAAACUUGCAUUAAAGAAACA